AUGGCGACCGGCAGCGCGGUGCCUGCGCCCGCGCCUCCUGCGUGCUCGCCGGCAGCCGUGUUCUUCUCUUUCCUCGUGGUGCGGCAGCGCCUGACGGUGGCCUCCGUGAACGCCAUAGCGCUGCUGACGGUUGGUGCCGUGGUGCUGGGCCUGCACGUCUUGUCGGACCGGCCCCUGGUGUACUGUCUGGGCUUCACCCUGACGCUCGGCGCCGCCGCGCUCUACGGCCUCGUCCUGCCGCUAGUGGAGCUCGCGUACAAGCGCGCCGUGGGCGGCGGCCGCUCCGUGUCAUACGCGCUGGUGGUGGAGAUGCAGCUGGUGAUGGGCUUCUUCGCCACCGCGUUCUGCACCGUAGGCAUGCCCGCCCGCCCCCAUGCGCUCCGCCUGCGCCUUCGCUCGCAUACGCUCCGCCCUGCUCGCCCGCCCGUAUGCGCUCGCCCGCGCUGCGCCCACUCGCCCGUGCUCCGCUCACAUGCGCCCUUUUCUUCUUCUGCAACGGCAAGGCCCCAGCGGCGUGGCCCCUGGCGCACUGGCUCCUCACGCGAACGGAUGCAGCGCGCAGGCGCAACGGCCGUUCGUGCGGCCGGAUACAGCAGGCCCUCACGCGGCGAGCCCCGUCGUGGGCGCCCCAUCGGCGUCCCUAGCGCGGGCACAGGGUGUGGCCAUGCUGCGGCGCGGGUGCGGGGGUAG